UCCGCUGCCGGGCUUGGCGCAACGUAUCUCCGUCGGCUUCGGUGCCUUGGGCGUCGGCGUGGGCAGCGUAGCAGUCUUGGCCUGGUGGCAGCUCCCCCGCAUCCAAGCGGUGCUGGACUCGGAGCCUGAGGCGCCUGCCAGCUUGUGGCAGCGUCUUGUGGGUCCCAGACACCCAGCCGAUCGAAUCUUCGACAAGGCCGAUGUGGACGGAGACGGGCAGUUGGACCGACGUGAGCUGGCACAGUACAUGAU